GGGGCGGGGCGCGCGCAGGCGCAGUGCUGUUAUUGUUCCGCGGUGCCAGCGCCUGGCCCGGGCUGCCGCGGCCGCCAUCGCCGUCGCCAUGCCGAUUAACAAGCCUGAGAAGCCGGACAAGCCGGAAAGCUGUGACAAUGUCAAGGUGGUUGUUCGCUGCCGGCCUCUCAAUGACCGGGAGAAAGCCACGGGCUACAAAAUGGCAGUGAACGUGGAUGAGAUGAGGGGAACUAUAACUGUCCAUAAAACAGACUCAUCCAAUGAGCCUCCUAAGACAUUCACGUUUGACACAGUGUUUGGACCAGAGAGUAAACAGCUGGAUGUCUAUAAUUUAACAGCAAGACCUAUUAUAGAUUCUGUCCUAGAAGGAUACAAUGGUACUAUUUUUGCAUAUGGGCAGACUGGAACAGGCAAAACCUUCACCAUGGAAGGGGUCCGAGCAGUUCCUGAGCUCAGAGGCAUCAUUCCCAAUUCCUUUGCCCAUAUAUUUGGUCACAUUGCCAAGGCAGAGGGGGAUACAAGGUUUUUAGUUCGUGUCUCUUACCUGGAAAUUUACAAUGAGGAAGUGCGGGACCUGCUGGGAAAGGACCAGACACAGAGGUUAGAGGUGAAAGAGAGACCUGAUGUGGGAGUUUAUAUCAAAGACCUUUCAGCUUAUGUUGUAAACAAUGCAGAUGAUAUGGACAGAAUCAUGACUCUGGGCCACAAGAACCGUUCUGUUGGUGCCACAAACAUGAACGAGCACAGCUCUCGCUCGCACGCCAUCUUCACUAUCACCAUCGAGUGCAGCGAGAAGGGCGUCGAUGGCAACAUGCACGUGCGCAUGGGCAAGCUGCACCUCGUUGAUCUUGCUGGUUCUGAAAGACAGACAAAAACCGGAGCCACAGGGCAGAGACUGAAGGAAGCCACUAAGAUCAACCUGUCCCUCUCCACACUGGGCAAUGUUAUCUCUGCACUGGUGGAUGGCAAGAGCACCCACGUGCCCUACCGUAACUCCAAACUCACACGGCUGCUGCAGGACUCCCUGGGGGGCAACUCCAAAACCAUGAUGUGUGCAAACAUUGGACCAGCAGACUACAACUAUGAUGAGACCAUCAGCACUCUCAGGUAUGCAAACAGAGCCAAGAACAUAAAGAACAAGGCCAGGAUUAAUGAGGAUCCCAAGGAUGCUAUGCUCCGCCAGUUCCAAAAAGAAAUUGAAGAGCUUAAGAAAAAACUGGAAGAAGGGGAAGAGAUCUCUGGUUCUGAAACCAGCGAUUCUGAAGAGGAGGAUGAAGAUGGAGAGAUGGGAGAGGAGAAGCGGAAGAAACGGCGGGGCAGUAGCAGCAGCAGUAGUUCAGACUCCACAUGCUCUGUCAUAGAGAAACCUCUGGAUAAGUCCUUCACUAAUCAAGCAGGCAAAAAGAAAGUUUCCCCUGAUAAGAUGGUAGAGAUGCAAGCAAAGAUUGAAGAGGAGAGAAAAGCUCUUGAAACUAAGCUUGAUAUGGAAGAAGAAGAAAGAAAUAAAGCCAGAGCUGAACUGGAGAAGAGAGAAAAAGACUUGCUCAAAGCUCAGCAAGAGCACCAGUCCCUGCUGGAGAAACUCUCUGCAUUAGAGAAGAAGGUGAUUGUGGGAGGAGUGGACUUGCUGGCAAAAGCAGAGGAGCAGGAGAAGCUUUUAGAAGAAUCAAACAUGGAACUGGAGGAACGAAGGAAGAGAGCAGAGCAGCUUCGCAAGGAGCUCGAGGAGAAGGAGCAAGAACGCUUGGACAUUGAGGAGAAGUACACCAACCUCCAGGAGGAAGCACAGGGGAAAACCAAAAAACUGAAGAAAGUUUGGACCAUGCUUAUGGCUGCAAAGUCAGAGAUGGCAGAUCUACAGCAAGAGCAUCAGAGAGAGAUUGAAGGGUUGCUGGAAAACAUUCGGCAGCUGAGCAGGGAGCUUCGUCUUCAGAUUCUCAUCAUAGACAACUUCAUUCCUCAGGACUACCAGGAAAUGAUUGAGAACUACGUUCACUGGAACGAAGACAUAGGAGAGUGGCAGCUGAAAUGUGUUGCAUAUACAGGAAACAAUAUGAGGAAACAGACACCUGUCCUGGAUAAAAAAGAGAAAGAUCCCUUUGAAGUGGACCUUUCCCAUGUUUACUUAGCCUACACUGAAGAAAGCUUGAGGCAAUCUCUGAUGAAGCUGGAGAGGCCGAGGACUUCAAAAGGAAGAUCCAGGCCCAAGACGGGUAGAAGAAAACGUUCGGCCAAGCCAGGAGCUGUCAUUGAUUCCCUGCUGCAGUAGUGUCACCUGGUCAGAAUUCCUGUAAAAAUCAGUGAGUGUAUAAGGUUUGGCCAGAAUAUGGAAUUCAAGACAUGGCACAGUUUGACAUGGCUAUAAUUUUUUUAUUUUAAAAAAAAAAGUAUUUUUCCUUAGUUGCCUGUAUGUUAUAUUAACAUAAUAUUAAACUGGUAUGUAUGAUUGAUGGUUGUGAAAUUCCAUGUAUUAAAUGUGUUGUGCAGGGAAA